CCGGGACUGUAAACAGGAAGUGGGACUCGGGCUGAGCCUCGGCGUUCGGGGAAGAGAACCAGCGGUUUAGCGGAGACGCCUCCGGCCGCCGCAGCGGGCGUGCGCUUCAGGGGCCGGCGCCUCGUCCCCACUUCUGUGCCUCCCUCGCCGCCCCGCUCGGGUGGAGGUGUUCCGUCCCGCGCCGGAGCCCACCUUUCUCCCGAAGCGUCACCAGGGCCAUGGCCGAGUACUCCUACGUCAAGUCCACCAAACUGGUGCUCAAGGGAACCAAGGCCAAGAGUAAGAAGAAAAAGAGCAAAGAGAAGAAGAGAAAAAGAGAAGAUGAUGAAGAAACCCAACUUGAUAUUGUUGGAAUCUGGUGGACAGUAACAAACUUUGGUGAAAUUUCGGGAACCAUAGCUAUUGAAAUGGAUAAAGGAACCUACAUACAUGCACUUGACAAUGGACUUUUUACACUGGGAGCUCCACAUAAAGAAGUGGAUGAAGGCCCUAGUCCUCCGGAGCAGUUUACAGCUGUCAAAUUGUCUGAUUCCAGAAUUGCCCUAAAAUCUGGCUAUGGAAAAUACCUUGGUAUAAAUUCAGAUGGACUUGUUGUUGGGCGUUCAGAUGCGAUUGGACCAAGAGAACAAUGGGAACCAGUCUUUCAAGAUGGGAAAAUGGCUUUAUUGGCCUCAAAUAGCUGCUUUAUCAGAUGCAAUGAAGCAGGUGAUAUAGAAGCAAAAAGUAAAACAGCAGGAGAAGAAGAAAUGAUAAAGAUUAGAUCCUGUGCUGAAAGAGAAACUAAGAAAAAAGAUGACAUCCCAGAGGAAGACAAAGGAAAUGUUAAACAGUGUGAAAUCAAUUACGUAAAGAAAUUUCAGAGCUUCCAAGACCAGAAACUUAAAAUAAGUAAAGAAGACAGUAAAAUUCUUAAAAAGGCCCGGAAAGAUGGAUUUUUGCAUGAAACACUUCUGGACAGAACAAGUGGAACUGUAAGGAAGAGAAGCAAGUAAACAAAGCAGAUCUCUUCAUUCCUUUAGGAAGGUGGGGACUGAAGAAAGACUCCACAGUCAGGAAUCAAGUCAUAAGUCCUGACCUUCGCUCCGAACUGCACCUGCCACAGACGUGGGCCAUGCACAGCGGCAGUCACACCGGAGGAAACAGGCAAAGCCUUCCGCUUCCACUGUCUUCUCUCUUCUUCUGUAUGAUUCCCUCGUGCCUGCCUCACAAGAUUAGUCCCUGUUUUCUUCUCCUGCUCCUAAAUAUAUUCCUUCAAGCCAUUUCCCGCCCCCCCCCCUUUUUUGUUUUGUUUUGUUUGUUUUUGUUUCUGUUUUACUGAUACCAGAAAAAACACACAGGGAUCUACCUGGAGAACCGAGAGAGUAGUUUAGCCAGCCACUCGCACUCAUUCAGGCUGAGGCUACCUGUGGUCUAAAGGGUGGUGGCCUGCGUUGGAAACGACCCGUGGACCUCAGACCGGCCUCGGCUGUUCAACGGUUCCUCGGCCCCCGGGCCCUUGUGUAGAUCAGCGUUAAAGCACAGCAGCUGGACUGUGGGAAUGUAUCCCUUCCUUUUGUUGUUUAGGAAAAUAACUUCCCCGGUUGCCUACAGAAUCAGAACCUUCCUGCACGCUGCCCUGUUCCUCAUUUUUUAACCUCAAAAUCCUCUCUAGAAGGCCUUCAACAUGUCCCAUCACUGCCUGAACCUCUGCCACCUCUGCGCCCAUCAUCACCCACUGUCCUUUACCGGUUCCCUUUGCCGCCAUAACCUCACGCCACUCCUCUGGGCUCUUUCACACCCCGGAGAAAUGGGCGAAGACUUAAGCACUUAGCAGAAGGGUAAACGAAAAUUUCCAAUAAACAAACUUCCUCUCGACCCUCCCAUGAAAAUGCCCCUUCUGAUUUUACGCCUGCUGAGUUCAGCUCUCAUCCUGGUGUGACUGGCACUGGAGGAUCCCACACCAUGGCUCCAGGUCCCGGCUUGAAACUCCCCCUGACCCACCCACCCAGGCCUGGAGCACCUAGUCCCCACCCAUGGCCACUGCAGUUCUGCACCGCUCGCCAUCAUGCCUGGGCCCACCUGAGACCUGGCUCACUGAGCUCCUGUCCUCCGUGCCAUUGACUUCAGCACCCACACCGUUGUGACCUUACAUUUCUGACUGAUGGCUGCCUUCAAAGUCUGUCGCCUCUGUUCCGCUAAUCUUUUACUCUACCUUACGUUAACGACAGAGCAGCUGGGUUACACAUUUUGCUUUUGCUACACCUUGAUUGGCAAUCCUCAUCGCCAGCUCAGAACGACCCUCUUGGAACAUGCUGUCCGCCUUUUACCCAUUGCACUUUUCACUGUAAAAACUCUUUUUUUCUUUUUUAAUCCUCACCUGAGGAUAUAUUUCCAUUUUUUUGAAGAGAGAAUGGAAGAGAGACAAAGAGAAAUAUUGAUGUAGGAGAAACCAUUGCACUUUUCACUGUAAAAUUUUUUUUCUUCUUUUUUACGCCUCACCUGAGGAUAUAUUUCCAUUGAUUUUUUUUUUUUUUUUUUUUUUUUU